CUGAAUUAACAGAGUUGCCACCAGCUGCUUUUAGUUGCCUCAGCAGUAAAUGGGGCUGCUGCACGAACAAGCCUCUUGGCCGAGGUGAUUCCCGAUAAUUUGAAUCUAAAUAUCCAGCUGUUGGGUGGCUUCAGACGACAGUUGAUGUGUUGAAAGAUUAACUCAGACACCUUCUGUGAAUGUGGGUUGAAGGCUUGCAGCAUGUCAAGGAAGACCAGAAAAGAUGCAAUGAACAUUCUGUAAUCAGGAAAAUGAGAGAAUUUCUUUGAGAACACAGCAGAAACCUUUCUUUCCUGCAGCUGGAACAUGUGGCCACAUGUUUUUGAUAUUUGGUUAAUUUAAAAAAGGACUCUCUGUCAGGCUAUCUGGUGACCUUGUAAAUCUUGUACCUGUGUGACAAACGUGCCUUUGAAACUUGCAGUAAACAGUUCAUUCUCUGGAAAACCCAACUGUUGGAAAAAUCACUAUUGAAGAAUCAUGUCAAAAAACCUGGAGAUCAUCAAUUUGUCAUUUUUGUUGGAACAUGAGAGGGAAACAAUACUGGGAGUACUGAAGAGAGAUGAGUAUUUGAAAAAAGUGGAAGAUAAGAGGAUAAGGAAAUUGAAGAAUGAGUUGUUGGAAGUGAAACGAAAAGGUGGAAACCGCCAUUGUCGACAGGACCGUGGCAGGGUCUGUGUUCGCUGUCAGAAAAACCUGGGCUUAAUCUUUGACAGGGGGGACCAGUGCCAAGAAUGCAAACUCACAGUUUGCAACAAGUGUCGUGUUUUGGGAAUUGAUGGGAACUGGAAGUGCACUGUGUGUGCCAAGAUCGCACAGCUAAGGAUAGUGACAGGUGAAUGGUUUUUUGAAGAGAGGGCAAAGCGCUUCAAACAGUCCAACCUCCUUGGAACUGAUGUUGUCAGACAGUCCAUCCUACGCAAAGUCCCAGAUACUGUUUCCGCUAAGAAAGAAGGAGGACAAGAGAAAUAUCAGGCCCAGGAGACUGUAGAGCAAAGGCCAGAUACCCCAGCUUCCUCCACAAGUGGGCAGAAAUCAAUAUUCAGUGGACCCAGAAAGAUAGGGAAGGUCAUCAGGGCAGUGACCAAAGGAGAAAUCACCAGUGUGAAAGCUGAAGAUGGAAGAAGCAGCAGUUCAGAGGCUGAUGCCCAAAGUUUACGCAGUGUUAGGUCUACUCCCUGUUCUGACAGGGGGAGCACUCUUUCACUGAACAACAAUGAUGCAGAGACCCUUCCCGGUAACAUGAAAGGCACAGUGAGCUCUGGGUACCGAAGCAAUGCCUCCAGUCCAGUCUGUCCAAGGUCACCAGCACUGAGCACACGCAGCAUGACUUCAGAUUACAGCAGGCAGGAUCCUGGUUUAAAAAAUGAUGCUUCUGUGCCUGCAAGUGAAAGUGUACCUGAAGAUUUAGUGAAAAGACACCGUAGGAAUGCAUCUGAAACACCUUCAAUAGCAGUUUCUAGGGCAUCUCUAGCAUCAGAUCUCAGCAAAUCUGAGAUAGAUUUGGGUGGGUCUUUCUCAGAAGAAAACAAGGAUGCUGUAAGCUUAAGAAGUAAAUCAGUACCUGAUGCUUUAAACCAGGACCUGGAUUACCUGGAUGAGAUAGAGGAAGACCCUGAUGACAUAGCGGCCACUCAUUAUCUAAAACAUCGUGGACAUUUGGCAAGUGGAUUAUCAACAAACUUUCCUGAAGGCUCUGACAGGAAAUGCUCCUACUUAAAUGUACCUGACGCAGAUGGUGAUACUACUAGCAUUAACAGCAUAAUGAGUGUUUACAGUGAAACUGGGGACUAUGGCAACGUGAAGGUCAGUGGGGAAAUACUUCUCCACCUCAGCUACAGCUACAAAAUGGGUGCCCUCAACAUCCUGGUAAAAAACUGCAGAAACCUGGCCGUAGCAGAUGAAAAGAAGCAAAGAAUAGAUCCCUAUGUCAAAACAUACCUCCUGCCAGACAAAUCUCGCCAAAGUAAACGCAAGACCAAAAUCAAAAGCAACACCAUCAAUCCAGAGUUUAAUGAAACCCUGAAGUAUGUCAUCAGCCAUACACAGCUAGAGACCAGGACCCUCCAGCUUUCUGUCUGGCACUAUGACAGAUUUGGGCACAACAGCUUUCUUGGGGAGGUGGAAAUUCCUUUGGACUCCUGGAAUUUUGAAAAUCAGACAGAUGAAUGGUUUGUGCUUCAACCCAAGGAGGUUGCAGCAGAUGUCGGGCUUCAGUAUAAAGGAGAGCUGAUAGUUGUUUUACACUACAUUCCCCCUGAGAAAAACCUAAUGCUUCCCCUCGGACAGUUUCAAGGAAAGAAGAGUUUAAAAAAAGGAAAGAAAGGAAACACACAGAUGCCUUCUGGGGGUAUGUUGGAGGUCCUCAUCAAGGAAGCCAAGAAUUUAACAGCUGUGAAGUCAGGAGGCACUUCUGACACAUUUGUUAAAGGAUAUCUGCUCCCAGAUAACAACAAAGCAACAAAACAUAAAACUCCUCUAAUAAGGAAGAGUGUGAACCCCCACUGGAAUCACAGCUUCACUUUCAGCGGCUUGAAUCCUAUGGAUCUACACAACGUAUGCCUAGAACUAACAGUCUGGGACAAGGAGUCACUCUCCAGUAACAUCUUUUUGGGAGGUGUCCGUCUGAGCACUGGAAGUGGUGUAAGUAAUGGGAAGGAAGUUGAUUGGAUGGAUUCCCACGGGGAAGAGCAGCACCUCUGGCAAACGAUGAUGGACAAUCCCGGAGUUUCUGUGGAAGAAUUCAGAACCUAAAGCUUUCUCUGAAGAAGGGUUAUCACAAUCAUGCUUAUUUGAGAGGUAAAAAUCCUGCCAUUCACAAUGAAACAGCAGCUGAAGCUCCAGGUUUUAUGACAUGAAGUACUAAUGGCUAAAUAACUACAGCUUGAGUUUUGUACCUGAAACUGAAGAAAUGCCCUGUCCUCUACAGUUAUAUCUCCCAUUUACAAUUGAGGCCGAAACCUUCAAAUUGUAUGUCGUUUCUCUCCUUUCUAGUCUUAUUUUUUCCUGUUUCUGGGUUUGGCUUGAGUGGCAUGAAACUGCUGAACGUGUCACGAGUUACCUAUUAAAAUAAUAAUGUACUAAUGUUAGGUGGAAAAUAUAUAUGUUUUUAAAUAUCCCUUUGUUUGCAUUACAAAGAACACCAUAGGUUACUAAAACAGAUUUCUAAAAAUCUAGGACAAGACUUUGAAAAGUGACUAGUGAUUUUGGGUGCCCAAUUAGAGAUGCUUUAAAGGGCUCUGAUAUUCAGGAAGGGCUGAACACACCUCCUCUGAUAAUCAGACCCCUUUAAAGCAGCUCAGAUUGGACACCCAAAAUCAGUAGCUGCUUUUAGAAAUUCCUAGCUGUGAUUUUCUUUAUUCCAUUUGGCUGUUUACAUUUGUUUACUUUUGGAAUUUCACUCAGUUAGGGCAAUGAAAAGAGACUAGUCUGUUUCUAGUCAAUUUUACUUUCCUAUUCUCAUGCAUUUUCAUGGGAGUGAGGGUACUUCUGUUCACAAAAGCCCGGAGGAAUGUAUAAUUGAAAGCACAGAAACCAAACAGACAAACACACCCCGAUGCACUCUUUUAUUACAUGUUUCUUUAGUUUCACAAUAAUUCGUUUAGAAAUGGGUUUUCUUCAACAGUUGUCCCCUCAAAAAGUACCCUAUAAUUGGGGCCUAAACUACCCUAUCUCUUUAAUGGACUCAGAGUCUGGAUUUCCUAAGGGGUUUACAUCAAUGAGAGAUGUUUGUUUUAAGAGUUGUUACAUUACACUGACAUGGAGGCUCAAACUCUGUUUUCAUGUAUGUGUUUGGCCAAAUUUUAAAAAAAGUAACACUUAUUAAACUAAAGAAAAUGAUUGAGAGUAAAUCCUGACUCUGUUGAAGAUAGUGGGAAUUUUGCCAUUGACUUGAGUGGGGCCAGGAGUCUUAGCCUAAAAGGGUUGAGUAGCAUGGGCCAGAUAAUAAAGAGGCUCCAUCCAUUAUCUGUAGUUUUAUAUUAAGUGUAUGGAAUAAGACAAUAAAUUCCAAGUAGGAAGUAUUUCUGUUAGGAGGCUGCUGUUUGUUUAUGGAUGGGAUCUGGGCAGUGCUGUGAGUGUCUCACAGCUUAGUACACACCGUUUAGUUUUUGUUCUAUUUUAAUGUGUGCCUAUCACACAUGGCUCUAAUGAAUCAAUGUCGUAAACCCCAGCAGCUAUUUAGAAAGCUUUGCUCUUCAGUGGUGUGAUCAGUACAUUUGUAGAAAGCAUUUGGUGUGUGGAAACCAUUGUCACAUUAAUAAUACCCCUUAAGUACCUGUUCUCUCUUUUAUAUAAAUGGUGCAUGGGAUGGGGAAAGUAGAAGAUAACUGAUCACACAUCUGACUUUUUGUUUUCCAGAUAUUUGAUUAAUUGCUUAUAAUUCUGUGCCAUUAUGUACUGUGUGUCACCAGACUGAGCACUAAGAUGGCCAAUAAGUAGGGUUACCAGAUAGCAACUGUGAAAAAAACAGGAUGGAGUUGGGAGGUAAUAGGCGCCUGUAUAAGAAAAAGUCCAAAAAAACCAGGACUGUCUCUUUAAAAAGGGGACAUCGGUCACCCUACCAAUCAGGGACCAAGUUAAAACCUCCCUUGUAUAUAGAUUUGUGGCACUGAAAGUACAUGAACAAUUACUCAAGGCAGAUUUUUACAGAAAUCUCAAUCUAAUUACUUUUACAUUUAACCCUGAUUUAUAAAUUCUAGUCCUAAAUAAUAAGACUUGACACAGUAGAUAAUUCUAAACUAUUCUUUAGCACAGUUUUAUAUAGCUACAAUACUUGGGAACAAGAAGAAUCUAUUUUUAACAGUAUUGAUUUAAAAAAAAACAAGUCAAGCACAAUGCAGUAUAUUAAAAUAUGUAUUUUUCUAACCAUUUUAACUACAAAGCUUCAUUUUCUACCUUACUUUUCCCCUAAUAAUCAGUGGGUUUGACUUAUUUAAGAAGCAUGAAGUUAUAAACAUUAAAAGCUAUAAUAAAAAAUACAAAUAUCACUGUAAAAUCUUGAGCCAGACCAAUAAACACCUCCUUACACUGCCUUGUCACUGCCCAUUGCCCAGGGAUCUUGUCUCUAAUGAGUGCUGACAUUUUAUCAACGCACCUCUUCUCUUUGCUAAUGGGCCAUGGAAGGGACAUCGCAAAGGCAUAGAGGGAACCCCUUCAUCCUCCUUCGAGAGUCACGCUGUCAUUGCUUUUCUGUGACUCCAUCGUAAGAAGUUCCAACAUCGCUUUCUCAGCUGGCAGCUCAGCAAAGUGAUUUUGUGCCACCCUUCUCAAGGGGCUUUUGCUGGCAAACCUGAGAGGAGGGUUCUGGGUGGUAAGUGCCAUUUAUCAUGGUACAUUAAGUCGGAACCUUACCACAUCGUGCCCUCUCCGAUAAAGAUUACACUAGGGAGAUGUAAAACUAGAGGUUGCUUUUCAGAGGAAAGAUUUAAUUGUGUAGACUCAUGUUAUAUGUUUCCCUGAUUGGUUAGCCUAUGUAAUUUGACACGCUUCUGACUAGUGUUCUGGAAGAAGUUAACAAAAGUACAACAGCAAAGCAAGCUUUGAAUAUCCUAAAUCAUUGAUUGAAAAGACUGAAAUGUAGGAGGAUGACAGUUGAAACUGUGUUCCCUCCCCAGUCCCAUUUUCUUCUCCUUUUAAUUCUGGAUCACAGAACCCAUUAAAAAGGGUGUUCAAAGUCAUAAUACCACAGUCACCUUGUCUGUCAGCUCACAUGCUACAAUAAAGGUUGCCCCUGAAUCUUCCCAUAGUUCUCCCUCUCCCACUCACCCCUCCAUGUAGCCUUCAAUAAAUCCUCCACUAAGGAUCACAUCUGAUAUGUCAAAUUCUUAAAUUUAUGCUGGCCUCAGAUGGCAAGGACCCUGGGCAGUGUUUAGCAGUCACAGGCCCACUUUGAUAUUGGCCCUACUUCUUUUCCUCAUUAUAAAGGAGAACUGAAGUUUUAUUUCCCAGCCUGGGAUACUGGUUUUUCUCUUUUCAACAAUAGCAAAACAACACCACCACCACACAAUCCAACACCAGAAAACAAACAAAUGGUUCUUUCUUAGAGCUGACCUGCAUGCAGAAUGGUAAUAAUGCAUUGGGAACGUUAUUUCCUAGAUUUUUAAAAAUAAUACAUAUUCAAAGAUGUUGAGGGCAAGAUUUAGGAGGCCUGGGAUACAGGCUGUGGGAAGGAGUUGGAUCUGAGCAAUUCCCAUAGAGGAUGGCAAGCUCUAAGUAGUAAUGGUGUAUUCUUCCUUAAUUGUCCAUGAGAUGCACUAGACCAUGUUAGUGGAUUCCAAACACUGUGCCCAAUGGGUGAGGGGUGCUGUCUGACACGGUGGUGAUAAUGCACAUGCAGCUAAAUAGUGUAUAUUAAUGCUAGUGCGUGAGCCUGAACUUGUGAACAAGUGGCUUUCGGUUUGUUUUUGAGAAUCUAUUCUUCCCACAGCCUGUGUCAUGAUUUACAUUAGCUAUUGCAAUAUUUCUUAUUUGUGACUAUGAAUUAUACACAGCUGCAUACUUCUAGUCCUCUUCUGGAGAACUUGAUGCUUUUUAGCCUUAGGCUGCUUUGGAUGGCAUGAAUGAACUCCCCUUUUACUUACUUUUGGGGUUUGUUUAGCAACAAAAUUAGUCUUUGUUGCAACAGUUAGAGAAUGUCAUGUGUCCUCUUCUGAAUUCUUUCUUGUUCAAACUCUCUGUUGCUAGCUCUCCAUUUGAUACAAUUAGAGUGGAAAUGAACACUAUUAGCAUUAAAUGACAUUGCAUUAUAAGAAGUUCUGCCAAAAUUGAGCCAAAACUUUCCUGCCCAGCUUGCUCUUGUCCUUUCCUGUGUACUGUACAUUCAGACUUGUGGACUGUGGAAGAAGGUUGAUGGUGAACUCAUUUGUAGUUAUUGUAAAGUACAAUGUUCUCUCUUACAAUAAAAUUAAUUAAAGAUG